UGGUGACACCCGUGACUCUGCGCUGGGUAUGGACGACUCUCCUGACCCCUGGAGGACAACAGUAGUUUGCUCUGUGAGGUUCAAGGAGAAGUAGGAGGCUGCCCGUGAGGGGCCGGCGCCCACCAGGCCCAAGCCAUGCCGUUCAAGAUCAAGCUGCGCAGGACCAAGCGCUACAACGUCCUGAGCAAGAAUUGUUUUCUGAGCCGGAUAAGACUCUUGAACUCCAAUGAGAUCCAGUGCACGCUGUCUAUGGACAGUACAGGACUGGAGUGCCUGGAGGCCGUAGCGCAAAGACUGGAGUUAUGCGAGACCCAUUACUUUGGCCUCUGGUUUGUCGGGAAAUCCCAACAAGCGCGAUGGGUGGAGCUGGAGAAACCGUUGAGGAAGCAGCUUGACAAGUUCUCGGUGGAACCCGUGCUGUACUUCGGCGUUAUGUUCUAUGUGCCGAGCGUUUCUUGCCUAAACCAGAGCGCCACAAGGUACCAGUAUUACCUCCAGUUAAGAAAGAAUGUCUACGAUGGGCAGGUGCACUGUACUGUGGAGCAGUACAUCCGACUGGCUGCCCUGGCCAUUCAAGUGGAGUUUAAAGAUUACAAUCUGUUUGAGACGCAUGACUUCCUCAGAGAGUGCAUGCUGUUUCCCGUGGGCUGGACCCAGGAUGCCGCCUUACUGGAAGAACUGCUUCUUAAAGUGGCCGUGGAGCACAAAUCUUUAAAUGGAAUGAGACCAGAGGAGGCUGAGGUUCUGUACAUACAGGAAGUGCAGCAAUUGGAUGGCUAUGGGCAGGAAUGUUUCCAUGUCAAGGACAGUCAUGGGAAUGAUGUGACCCUCUGUAUCUUCUUCAUGGGUAUCUUCAUUGGAGACAGUCAUGGGAAAUCAGCAGCCUCUUACAGGUGGAAUGACAUUGGGAAUAUCACACACAACAAGUCUGCAAUUGUCCUGGAGCUGAACAGAAAGGAGGAGAGUGUUCUUUUUCACACGGACGACAUUGAAAACAGCAAAUACAUAUCACGGCUGUUUGCUGCGCGGAUGAAAUUCUACAAGGAGAACAAAAUUUGUACAGAACAGCCCAGCACGCCACCUACUAUUAGACGUCAGCCGACAUGGAGCCGGUCUUCCGUGUCAAGACAACAAGCAACUAUAUUACCUCCAAGACACAUUCAGGGGAGUGAAACCUUCAUUUCUGAAGACAGCAUAUUCCACAUGAAUGAGGACACAUUCAAUUUCAGGUCUCAGAACAGCUUGGAUAGAUACAUGGAGCUCAAUUUUAUGAAUGGUACUGUGCCAAACGGUAGUGUUUCCAGUGCUCAUAGUAUGAACUCACUGAAUCAUUCACAGACCUUUAUCCAAGCCUCCCCCAUGUCCUCUAACCUUAGCAUCACUGGAAAUGACAUCAUGAGAUCUGACUACAUCCCUAAGUGCAGACACAGUGCCAUUAUCUUGCCUUCUUAUCGGCAAACGCCAGACUACGACACUGUAAUGAGGCAAUUGAACCGUAAUGCCCAUCCUUCUGAUAACCAGAGUCAGUCCUUACGAAACCUUAAUAUUGGGAAUACCCACGCUUAUAGACACCGGGAGAAUUUGGUUUAUAGCCAGCCUGAUAUGCAGGAAAGACCUCCUUACAUGACCUCCUAUGGACCUCAGGCUCAUUUUGGCAACAAGCCCAUCCACCCACCUGAACAAAUGCCAGUGCACCAAACUGCUUCAAAUCCUGCUAAUGUCAAGUCAAUUUCCCAUACUGUCAGCACACCUGAACUGGCCAAUCUUCCACUUCAAACCUUCACUACUGCCCCUGUGUUCAAAAACAUUUUAUCUCGGCCUCCUCCUCUAUACCUGCCACCUAGACCAGCUAGCAGUACUCCUGACCUGGCAAGUCACCGCCACAAGCGUGUAAGUGCCAGUAGCCCAGACCUGGUGGCCAGAAAAGUCCAGCAGUCUGUAAAAACUUUCCAAGAAGACAGUUCUCCGGUGGUCCGCCAGUCUCUUCAAGAGGUCAGUGAGCCCUUAAAACCUCAUAAACAUCAUCCAGUCAUAAACAAACGUCACAGUUUUGAAGUCAUGAGCAACAUGGUGAGAGGAAUGGAAGCCAUGGCUUUACAGUCGUUGAAUGCACCAUUGCCACGUAGGAAUACAUUAAGAGAUCAGUUGCACACAGAGGAGCCCAUGCAGAAAGCUCAUGAAGUACAGCAGAUGCCAGUGUACCACCACAAAAAGAACAUCUCUGAUGCCACCAUGUUGAUCCACAGCAGCGACAGUGAAGAUGAACAUGAGCUGCACAAAUCAAUGCCUCACACUUCCUUCAUGUCAUAUAGUGCUCAGCUCCAGGCUGCCCUGGCUCGAAUACCAAACAAGCCACCUCCUGAAUAUCCAGGUCCGAGAAAAAGCAUCAGCAAUGGAGCACUGAGAAACGAUUCCUCUACUAUAUCGGCUGCCAUAGCACGGGCCAAGGCAAUGAGCUCGCGGCAAUCACAGACUGUGUGUAUGUCCAGAAAUGAGCCAGGACCAAUCAACGGGACCUCUCUGGGGCCAUCAAUUUCAGAGCCUGAUCUCAGCAGUGUCAAAGAGAGGGUCAAGAAAGAGCCAGUGAAGGAACGGCCAGUGUCGGAGAUGUUUUCUGCAGAGGAUGCCAUAGUUGAAAGAGAGAUCAUGAUGCGGAAUUUACAAAAGCAGGAGAUGGCAGCCUUGGAAACUCAGAAGAGACCCUUGAUGUUGGCAGCGCUGAAUGGACUGUCUGUUUCCAGAAUUCCUUUGCCCGAGGACAGGCAGAAUGACACUGUGAUCGUGCCAGUCGAUGAGAGGUGUAAGGCCUUGAGGAGGAAGCUGGAGGAAGGGAUGGUGUUUACAGAGUAUGAACAGAUUCCAAAGAGAAAGGCAGAUGGCGAUUUCACCACGGCAACAUUGCCCGAAAACGUAGAACGCAACAGAGUCCGCGAAGUCCUUCCUUACGAAGAAAACAGAGUAGAGCUUGUUCCCACCAAAGAAAACCACACUGGCUACAUCAAUGCAUCACAUAUAAAGGUGGUAGUAGGUGAUAAAGAAUGGCACUACAUCGCCACCCAGGGCCCUCUACCUCAAACAUUCCAUGAUUUCUGGCAGAUGGUGUGGGAGCAGGGAGUCAAUGUCAUUGCCAUGGUGACAGCUGAAGAGGAGGAAGGAAGAGCCAAGAGUCACCGUUACUGGCCCAAGCUGGGAUCCAGACAUAAUUCCGCUACAUACGGAAAGUUCAAAGUGACCACCAACUUUCGCACGGAUUCCGGCUGCUAUGCAACGACUGGCUUGAAGAUCAAACACCUUCUGUCUGGGCAAGAGAGGACAGUGUGGCAUUUGCAGUUUACCGACUGGCCUGAUCACGGCUGUCCUGAAGAGGUCCAAGGAUUUUUAUCGUAUUUGGAAGAGAUCCAGUCUGUCCGUCGUCACGCUAACAGCAUGCUGGACAGUAGCAGCCACUGCAAUCCUCCGGUACUGGUUCAUUGUAGCGCCGGUGUGGGAAGAACUGGAGUGGUCAUCCUGACCGAGCUGAUGAUGCGGUGUUUGGAGAACAAUGAGAAAAUUGAAAUCCCAGUGAUGCUAAAUUAUCUCCGGGAACAGAGAAUGUUCAUGAUUCAGACCAUCGCGCAAUACAAAUUUGUCUAUCAACUUCUCAUCCAGUUCCUGGAAAGCUCAAGACUCAUUUAAAUCUUUCUUUUUUUGUAACCCUAAAAUAUCUCGGAGAAGUCCCAGGUGGAAACAUCCUUCCCAGAGGUUAAGAUCUCUUGUACAGAAGGCAACUUUUUAUUUCUUUUUAUGUCAUUUUUUUUUAUUUUUUAAAUAAGUUAACUUAUUUUUUUCUUUUAAUUUAUGUAAAACAAAAGGUGAACAGUACACUGAACCACACUUCAUGUGUAAAAUGCUGCCGGUUUUUGAACAUUUAACUCGAAAUUCUCACUUUUAUAUCUUAAAGCAAUAAAAAGUUAUA